AUGUUCUGGUCCGGAAUCAACGUCAUCCUCCUCCGGUUGCCGUCCUUGAUCAACCAAUGCCUCGACCAAGUUCGCAAGCAUCUCCGCCACGAUCUUGAGGAAAGUGCGCGGGUUCCUGCGUCGCCCUCGUUUCCUUUCCGGUUGGCAUUCAAGGACUUCGAGACUAUGUAUAACAGAUACGAGGAAGAGCCACCAUGGUCUCGCCGAAUACUGAACUCCGCAUUCCGUGUCGUCCCGAAAUAUCACAUGGAUCGGUGGAGGCCCCCUUGGGACGAGCAAGGCAAUCAGGACCCGAUGGAAUUUUUGGCCAGGAGCGACCGCAUGGCCAUGGAGCUCACGCAGCGGAGGCAAAGGUACCAGCAACUCGAAGAGAUCCCUCUCGCUCCUGCCAGGGAUAAGGACUCGGCCGAUGCUGCAGCACCCAAAGAACUACGGCUAGCGUCACGGCCCGGAGUAUGGGUGACGAGCGAUAUUCUCGACCUCGUCAAACACCUCCUUCGGUACGGUGUACGCUGCGUCGGCUACCAGGAUGCCGUGACUGACAUGGCAGAGGGGGUUGCUCCGGAGCACAGAAAGCAGGUCGAGGACUUGACGUUUGAGUUGUUCUCGGUAGUCAUUCGGCUCACUCUGAUGUUGGGCGCCCGCGCCGACAAUAUGGAGAGCCUCGCUGAUUUUGUUCGGCUGCUCACCACAGUUCGACUUGAGCGGGUCAGGCGGCUCGAUGUUAUGUGCGAACAGGCCUUUACUCCAAGAAGUCACGGAACGUGUGCAUGUAACCAUGCACCUAGCAAGAACGACUCCGGGCCGAAGGCCGGGGAGAUAGCCGCGGCGGUGGCCCGGCAGGUUGAACAAACAAUCGAGGACAAGCUUGGGGUUUCCCAGACCGGCAUGGUCCGCGAGAUUCAGGGUCACGUCUCGAGCGUGGUCAAAGAGGAGGUCUCCCGCCUGGUGGAACAAAUGCAAAAGAAUCUCGAAAGAAGAUGUACCAAGAAGUACAGCGCCGGGUUACUCUGGUCACCUGGGAAUGGCGGCCCGUAG